UUUCUAUGGCACGGCUCCCGAAGGAUCUUCCGUCGUCGUCAAUUCGGAUUUCGCCAUGUCUGGCCACCACCCCACGUACACGAUGGCUGCCCUCCUGGGCAUUGGCGGCGUCAUGGGCUACGUCAAGAAGCGCUCGAUCGUCUCGCUCGUCGCGGGCGUCAGCAUUGGUGCCGGCUUUGGCGUGGCGGGCUACAUGAUGCAACACGAUCAGAUCGCCAACGGCCACGCCGUCGCACUCACGCUCAGCGCGCUCACGAUGACGGCCAUGGGCUUCCGCGCGGUCAAGACGGGUGGCAAGGUCCCGAUCGUUGUCGCGUCGCUGUGCGCCCUCUCGAGCGCGUACCACGCGCAGCGCUUCAGCGAGUGGGCCGGCCAAGAGUAAUCCUCCAUGCCCAAACAUGCUCGUAUUAGAUCGUAGUCGUAAUACAUAACUCUCUUGUGGCAAAACGUAGUGUACAGACUCGGCUGCCCUUCUCGCAAGAGCGGCUCAUGCGCACGUGCUUCCUCUUCGAUGAUCAGAGCCAUGCCAGCAAGCUAGACGGCUACUGCCGCCACGGUUGGCUGCGACUCGC